UUGUUAAGCUUAAUGCAUUAGGCUGCUUUUCAUCAGUAUUUUACAAUUUUGGUUAUCCAGUUUAGUCUUGUCAUUUAGUUGUUAUUAUUCCAGUGUAAGUUAAUUUGUAAUGUGUUGUUCAAAAUCAUAUUAACAUUUUCUUUCAAUUAACAUUGUACCUGCAGGGUAGUGGCGGGUAAAUUGAGGGCUGUGUGAGUGGAGAACACUCCAACUUUCAUCUUGUUCAGGCAGAGUCUCCUUACUUUCAGAACAAGCUGUUGCAGUGGACAGAAUAGGCCUUAGGUCAGCUUAGGAGGAGGACAGACUUGACUGGUUUGAAUGCUGGUGUCAUCAGAGAGAAACAGUAGGCUUCCAGUAUUAUGAGAUUAUGUUAUGUUAUGGUUUUGCAAAAUUUGCGACUUCAGGGCAUCAAAACGUUUAGAGCUCUUAAAGCAUUAUAGGUUAAAACACCUACACAGCAAUCAAGGCCACUCACUACCCUGCUUGUACUCUAACUGUCAUUGUUCGUUUAAAGGUUGGGGUGCUCUUCGCGCACAUUUGUCUAGAGACCAUACACAAAGUGAACAUUUAGGGCAAAAUGUUUUUUCUUGUCUGAUAUGUAAUUCAUGUUUUCACACAGAGAGGCAAUAUUUUGAACAUCUUGGAGCUCAUCUGAAAAAGCACGAAACUGUUAACUGUGUUUUUAAAGAUUGUGACUAUAGUACUAAUAUAUAUUCAACCUUUGCCUCGCAUAAAAGUAGGAAGCACAAUCCUCACUGCCUUGAAGAUUUUAAACAAAUUGUAUUACAAACAUAUUCUUGUCAGGCAACAGAAGACAAUUUGUUGUUAGAAGAAAGUGAAGUUGCAUCUGAAAAACCAUUAGUCAGUGAGAGUGAAGAUGUGGGUAAAGUCAUUGUUGAUCAGCUUUGUUCCUUAUUUCUUAAAUUAGACUGCAUUUUCAAUGUGCCGAGUAGAUGUAUAGAUGAGAUUGUAGACGAGCUUCGGUUUAUUACCUGUACAGCAUCUGCACCCGUUGUAAGUAACGUUGUCCGUGACACGUUAGAAAAAUAUAACUGCACUGUUGAAGAAUUGGCAGUAACAGAUUUGGUAAAUGGCAUUUGUGAGUUAAAUCCUGUAAGUGCAGCCUUAGGUGAAGAAGGUCCUCUUGGCACAGCAUACCAGAGAAAUAAGUAUGUAAAGGAACUUUUCUCUAUUGUUGAACCAUUAGAGUAUAUCCUUGAUGCAAAAGAGGGAAAAACAUUCCAAUAUGUACCAAUUUUGCAGUCCUUGUCACAAAUUUUGAAAAAUAGUGACAUUCAGGAGAAAGUUUUUAGAGAAAGACCUUGUUCUUCUUGUCGAUAUAAUAGUUUUCGUGAUGGUUCCCACUUCCAGGAAAACCAGUUUUUAUCUGGAGAGGAGCUAAGACUUUCAAUACUACUGUACUCUGAUGAUUUUGAAAUAUGUAAUCCGUUAGGAACCUCUCGUAAGAAGCACAAAGUAACCAGUGUUUACUGGGUUUUGGCUGAUAUUCCGUCUGUAUUAAGGUCUACAUUAUCAUCAAUUUAUGUGGCUGUUUUGUGCAAGGCAGAUGACAUAAAGAAAUUUGGCUAUCCUCGAGUGCUAGAGCCAUUGUUAAAUGAUUUGAAAAGCUUUGAAGAAGAGGGACUUUUUGUACCCUGUUUGGGAAAAAUCAUAAAGGGCACAGUAUUUUCUGUGAUUGCUGAUAACCUUGGAGCCCACUCAGUUGGGGGGUUUAUUGAAAGUUUCAGUGCAUCAUACAUUUGCAGAUUUUGUAUUGGAGAGCGGUCCCAGUUUCAGGAGCUUGAAGUCAGAACUGGAGCAUUUCCCAGCAGAACAAAACACCACCAUCAGUUAGAUGUUGAAGCAGCACUGGCUAGUAACACCCAUAGCCAUGGCGUUAAGAGGCACUGUGCCAUUUCAGAAAGGCUGAGUCAUUUUCAUGUGACAACAGGUUACCCACCUGAUAUAUUGCAUGAUUUACUGGAGGGUAUUGUACCUGUAGAACUGGCGUUGUGCUUGGACAUCUUGAUUAAGAAAAAGUAUUUCUCUCUUGAAGAGCUUAACUGCAUCAUCCAGCGGUUUCCAUAUAAGUGGAAAGACAGGACAAACUGUCCCCAAGUUAUACCACCAACAUUUGCCUUGCGUAAAACCAUUGGUGGAAACGCACACGAAAAUUGGUGUCUACUGAGGCUGUUACCAUUUAUGAUUGGCCCCAAAAUACCUGAAGAGGAAGAGACAUGGCAGUUGUUGAUGACACUCAAAGAUGUUGUUGAGUUGGUGAUGUCCCCUGCCCAUACAGAUGAAAGUAUUGGCCACUUAGAUAGCCUAAUUGCUGAGCAUAGAUCUAGAUUUAUCAGUGCUUUUCCUAAGGAGAAAUUGAUUCCAAAACACCAUUUUGUAGAGCAUUAUCCAGGACUUAUUAAAGCUUUUGGCCCUCUAGUGUCCUUAUGGACAAUGAGGUUUGAAGCAAAGCACCACUUCUUUAAGAAGAUAGUGAGACACACUAACUGCUUCCGUAACAUUUUGAAAACUAUGGCAAGAAAACACCAGUGCAUGAUUGCAUACCAUCUCCACGGAUUAAAUGUAAAAAAACGUGCCGUUUCUGUAUCAAGCGUAUCAAGAGUUCCACUACAGGUAGUACAUGAAAACAUACAAGAAUUCAUAUUGCAGAAGUUUCCUGAAGAAGCAGCUGUUCAUUUCACAAGCAAAGUAGAAUUUCAGGGCACCAGUUACGGUAUUGGCAUGAUGCUGGUAUAUAGAUCCACAGGUGGGUUGCCUGACUUUGCAGAAAUACUGCAAAUUAUUGUUGUUCAAGACAGCUUAGUUUUUGUAGUUAAAUUGCAUAGUGCGUGGUACUUUGAACAUUUUAGAUGUUUUAAGCUGGAGUCCACAAGCAUAGUCAAGGUAAUAGACCAGUCAGAACUUGCUGACACACACCCAUUGGCUGCCUAUGCUGUGGAAGGCAAUCGAAUGGUUUCUCUGAAACACCACAUCUGCUUAUCAAACUAGACAUUCUGCUUGACCAAGGCUGUGAUGAUGUCAGGCCCAAUUCAACUGCGUGUUGUUAUUGAAGAUAGUCAAGUUCACAAGUUAGUCCUAGCAGGUGGAAUCCCAAGCACUGUAGAUGAACUUCUGGCAACAGCCCAGAAUCAUUUUCAUCUCCAAGGAAGUUUUACUGUUAUGUACAUGGACAAAGAUUUUGAUGACCAGUUCUUCACUCUAAUGUCAACCGAUGUGAUUAAGGACAAAGACACAAUCAAAUUGGUUAAAACAGAACCGUCUGUUGUUCUAACAUUUACUCCCAUCUCUGAGACUGAUGCUUCCUCCCCAGCAGCGUCACUGGAUCGGUCUUUCCAGGAUGAUGGUUCUUCAGUGAGUUCAUCCGACACAGUCAUUAUACAACAGCCCCCAGAGCAUCGAUCUCAACCAUGGCCUGUUGAUUUUGUGGUUCCCACCUUUUCAUUUAAUGUGGAAAUGCUCCUCCAAGCAGGAUGCAAGGCUUAUGAAAGUGAUGGAUCACUCCUUCAGAAUCCAAGCAUAAACUCUGACAUACUAGAGAAACUUGCUGAAGCAAUAUUCCACUACACUGCCUACCCCACUGGUCUGCAAAUACAGGCAGUUGUAGAAUCUCUGAUCAACAAGUAUCCAUGCUUAAAAGAGCCUGGAACCUCCUUUUCUGGAAUGUAUGGGUGGCAGCAGCGUCUAAAGUACAAGAUGGCAAACUACCGUUCUAAAAUGAGAAAACAGGUACCUUGUCCUGAGCUUGAUAUCAACUCCUUGAAAAGGAAGUCCCCUGGUGAGAAAAAUCCUGCUAAAAAUUGCAAGAGACCGAAGAGGGCAGAAGUGAACUACCUUCCUCCACACCCAAGUGGAGAAACGAGCAACAGUCUGGAGAAGGAAAGACAAGAGCUUCUUUAUGAAGUAAAGAAGAAGAACAACACCAAGGUCAUUCAAGACAAAAUGGCCAAAACGUUCUCCUAUCGAAGGAUUGAGGUUGUGAGUGGUAGUCCAGCGGCGGAUGAGUUCAGAGAGAGAUGGCCUGCUUUGUUUUGUGAAGCUGAGAUCAAAGAGGAAUUCAGGAGAAUAACUACGGUUUCCUUAGAGCAGACCUUCAUGCGCAAACUUGACUACUACACUCCAAAACUUCUUGCCCUGAUGAAGGUCAAAGGAGGUGUCGUGGGGACCAAGCUGAGACCACACUUGGACAAAAUGUGUCAGGAUCAAAGCAUUGAAAUGAGACGAGAUGCUAUUAUCCGCAGCCUCAUACUGUACCUUGGUGAGAAAGAAGAAGAACUUUUUAAAGAUUGCCUGGAAGAUAACCGCAGUGACGUGACUGAACACCUCCUUAAGAUAUUGGUCAUCCAUGGUGCUGAGGGAGAGGAUCCAGUGGAUGUCUCAAUCCUUCUUGAUGGUGCAGAGAUCUUGCCGGGAUGCUGCAACACUGCCAAAGCUUGUGCGCUGCUCAUGGGGCUAAUUUAUGCUCUGAAUCUGGCAUACCCUUUGUCACUGCGAUACACUUUUGAGGUGUUCCAGAAGCUUUUCCUGGAGCUGGAUGUAAUUAAACUGUCCCCGAAGGUACAAGCUUUAAAGUCAAAGUUGCUGUCUUAAGGACUACUGCAAUGGCACAUACUUCUCAGCUGAUGGUACAUCCUGAUUGACUGGUCAGCAGUUCAGUUCAUUUCAGUUUGCUGACCACUACACUGGACCUUCCUCUCACAAACUGCAGUUUGUUGUUCCAUGGGACUGUCCACUGUCCAGACACCCAGACCUUGAAUUUCAUUUUUAGGUAUGUGCUUGGCCCCAAUGGCUGCAGUGAUGUACUGUUUGCAUUGUUGUGGAUAAUUUACAGGAUUCUGAGUUCCUUUUCUUGACUGUUUUAUGGGACAUUGCCCAAUUUUCCCUAGUCCUCAAAGUUUGCUUUGUAAGUCAUGCCUCAGUUCUUAUUGGUAAGUCCUGACUUUUGCCCAGGUUCCUGUCGCUACAGUUGUAAAGUAGGUAUUUCUUUACAGUGAGCCAUUUAAUUUCAAAUCACUCAUACUGCUCUCAGCUGAAUGUACAAGUGAUACAAAGUAAUUCCACAGAUGUUAAAAAAAUGUUUUAAUGUGUUUAGUGCACAGUUUCAGACUGUUUGAAUGUUUUAAUUACACUCCAUUGUUUUACUGCAUUCACUCUCAAAUAUUGGUCAUGCGAACAUUAAGUGGCUUCUAAUAUUGACCAAAUAAAUGGUUGAAAUAUA